CAUUGCUACCAGACACAGAGAAAAGGUUUCUUUCCUCACUCUCCGAACAGAGCCUCUCACACCUAAAAGUUACAGAUAAACCCUGUGACCUAGGUUUAAAAUGUAACAGAUCCCGUCACUCACUGAGGUUCGGACAUUACUAGAUGACCUUUGUUUAUGUGUUGAGAACGGAUGGCAUAGAUAAACCGCACUAAAGUUCCUUCCUCAGAUCCUUUACUCCAUGUAUGAACCUUCAUCCUCACUGUCAAUUGGCAUAUUUUUCACCCCGUGUCAUGUCAUGGGCAGUGUCCAAGUGCCCUGCUUACAUCACUCAUUGUUGUUCAGCUGUCAGUGUUGGUCUUUACGCAGCCAUGAUUAACACCUUCUGCCAAUUUGUUAUCUAAUGUGACACCAUUCCAUCCAACUCUGAGUUAGCGUAAAUAGCUCAUUAGGAUCAUUGUAUCAUACAUCGCUGCUAUCCAUUGUUUAUAGCCUCAAUCUGCGCUCUUCAUAGAGUGAUCUUGAUCCUUCUUUUCACGUACAUUAGCAUCUCUAGACAAGUUCUUCACUGAGUAGUUUCUACUCUUCUACUGCUCCCAUCAUUUGCCCCUCAAUCCUUUCCUGCUCUUGAUACACUGUCAUGUGGUCCACCUUCGUCGUGCAGGACGAGGAGGCCAGGCCCACAGUCGUAUCUGGCAGAGGUACUGAAGCUCUAGCAGGAAUGUUAGGUGUGCAAAGUGGAGGAGGCAAGCGGCGGACGAGAGCAGCCACAUCUUCCCUAAGUGACCGUCAGGAAGGCAAGAUCAAGCUAGUGUUCCUGGUGGCUACAGUGGGCAUCACGCUGGCUGUUCUAGGUGUGGGCACAGAGUUUUGGGUAGAGCUGGCAUCUUCGAAAACUUUUUACAGCAACGAGACAUGCCUGGCUGCACACUACGGCCUGUGGAAGAACUGCAUGAAGAAGCUCUGGGUUGCUGAUGUUGACCCUGAGCGGGAAACCUGUGGACCUAUUGAUCUACCCGGAGAAUCAAACUGCACAUAUUUCAAGAUUUAUACAACUGGAGAAAAUACAGUCCUGUUUCACAAAACACCAGCAAAGAAUUUGACCAUAAUCUCUGCCAUGUUGGCUAUCUUCAGUCUUUUUCUGAUGGUGAUGGGAGCUGUUUGCAUUAUCAUGGCAUUAAGUAAAGGUGUGCAGUUCUUCCUGAAGCCUGCAGCGGUCUGUUUCAAGUUAUCAGGUCUUCUGGUAUUCCUGUCUCUCAUCAUUUUUCAUCAGUCAGUCCUUUCGUUUUUGGCAAGUGACCACUCCAUACCAUUGCACCAUGAACUCUCGUGGUCAGUAGCAUGCAUGGGAUGUUCCGGCGUUUUACUAAUAGUUGCAGGGGUUUUAUUCCUUCUUCUCGCGCUACCACACAGCUCUUGGGAAAAGUGUUUGUCUCACAGGAACACCGGCAGCUUGUGACACGGGCUCUUGAAUUUUUGGUACUUCUCAGUGCAAUUUCUCUUAAACCAGGUUUCCUUUUCUCUUAAAAAUCAAAGCUCUUUUGGGAAACAAACAAACAAAAAAACAUGUUUUUUGUCAAAUAAUGUAAAUGUAUGAGAUUAUAAGACUUUUAUGAUUAUGUAAUGAAUGCAAAUAAUACAGUAUUUACCGACAUUGGUGACACUGACUGUGUUAUAGUGUGAAUAUUGUUUUUUGGAAAUGUACCAAUGAAGUGUAUUAAGAUUAAA